AUGAGCUGUAGAGCUGAAGACAAGACACAAAUUUACACAUUGGAUUGGGAGAACGAUCCUUUCCAUUAUCUGGUAAGUGGUUUUUAUAUUGUUCUUGUUUUAGAUGCGAUUUCGGUUCGCCUUGCCCUUUUCUAGUUGAUACUAUCCUUCUGAUACGUUUAGCCAAAUUGCUUGAGUUUUCGCUGCUGGACGAAACUUUUUUGCUUUGUCGGCGUGGCGGGAUUUGGUUUCUGUUAUUUUGCCAAGUUGUGUGGGAGAUUUUUCGAACUUCUGAGGAAUUUUUUAUCUUUGUGAAUGAAUAACAUUGAGAAGACCGAAGUUUCCACGCGCACUUUCGGCGGAAAAUGGUUGAAAUCUGUGAAAAGGGGCGUGAAUGUGGGCUGAUACAAUAUUGCGAAGGUGUUGAUGGACGGGCGUUUUUGUGUCAACGAUUUUUCGCAAUUUUGUUUCGAUUAUGCCAUGAAUAAUAUAAAUCUCCUUUAUUUUUUGGUUUCAGGAUUCUCGAUACUCUCUAGCUCGAUUGGCGUGUUUGACGCUCGACGCUUUGAAGGAAGUAGGGUACGAAGUCAUCGACGAGUCCUCCAGUGAGAAGUUGGAUAUCUCUGAAAUCCCCCUCUUCACCAUCCCCCAUCAGAUCAGUCAGGAGUCCGGUAUACUUACCAGCGACGAGCUCGAGCUGUCCGUGUUCAAUUGCAGUCCGGAAAAGGGGUCGGACAAUUCCAAUCCUCUUCAGUCGACUCCCAAGACCGCCCUUCCCAGUUCUGUGCAGCAGCUGUUUGAUUCGGCCAUAGAAGACGAUUCCGAAAUGUUUGCCAACUCCUACCAGUCCUACAAUCGCUCCCAUGCCUUCCACGGCUCUUCGAUUUCGCUCUUCCGCGAUUCGCGCACUCUGGAGAUGGUGGAUCGGUUCGUUGAAGAAAUGCUUGUCCUCGAUGCGGAGACCCUUCUCAGGAAGUUCGAAGGCUUGGAAAGGGAUGACCUGGUAGCGUUGUUGGUCUCCAAAAAGGCGUUCAAGUAAGCAUUUGCUUGUUUUGUUGCGUUCUGAAGGUGUUUUCAUAGUGUUUCCGCAGCUUGCCUAGUGUAAUAUAAAUUUUGAAUGGAAUCUUUAGAGUUUAAUUUUUAUAGGUGUAAUAUCUUAUGUUGUCAUGUCUUUAGCUAUUUAAGGUAUUUGCAAGAUCACUUGGAGCAUUCGGACACGUUGACCCACGGUUUAGCCGACCUUUUGAUCGCGAAUCAGCUGAUCAACAAACUCUCCAUGGAUUCGAAUGCCAAUUAUAUUAUCCAGGUGGGUUGCUGGUACAGUUUAACGAGAAUAAACCCAUGAUUUCAGAUCCUUAUCACAUCGUGUCCAAGCAAACACGCACAGAUUAUGGAUGAAUUCAUGAAGCAGCCCAGGGAACUCUCCAAUGGGAAGUGCUCAUCCAGAGUCCUCCAGGAAGCCAUUCAACACAUGGAACCGCAAUUGAUCAAGAAGUUUUUGACCUCGAUGCAUGGACAGGAAUUCAAGAUAGCGACGGAUCAGUGCGGGAAUCACGUGAUCCAGAAGGUCUUUGAUACUCACGAUUACGCUGUCUUUGAUCGAUUCACCAAAAGGGUAGGUCUUCUUUUUUUUUGUUUGAGGAAGAUCUAGGGGUAUCGAGCAUUAUUGGAGUGAAUUGAAAUUAUUUUUUGAGACAUAUUUUACUUGGGAAUUGAGGCUUUUUUUUAUUAUUUUGAUUGGAAAUAUAUUGAAGAUGACGCUUUUUGAUGUGCACAUCAAUUUUCUGUUUUUUUUAUUUUAAAAUACUGAUGCUUGAGUUUAUAUUAAUGUUUCAGCUGGCCGAACCCGCCAUCUUGGAUGUGAUUGUCAAGUCCAAAUACGGAUGUAGAGUUGUUCAGAAGUGCUUGGAGACUUUGGCGAAUGCCAUCACAGAGGACACGGUUCCGGACGCCAUCAAUGACCUGGUCAUGCCGCUUUUGCAGAAGGCUCGAGAGUAUUCGAAAAAUGAAUAUGCCAAUUAUGUGAUCCAAAACCUGAUGAAACAUCAUGCUCUGGAAAGGCAACGCGAUUAUAUCAUCGAUGUGGUUAUAAUGUAAGUGGGUUUUAUGAGAUUUUUUGGGAAUUUCGGAAAGUUUAGUUUAGAAUUGGUCGAAAUCUGGAAGAAUAUUGUUCUUACGGAUCUUGAAGUAAUAAAAUUUGUUUUUAUUUUUCGGCAUUUCGAGAUGUUUUGCCAAUAUUUGGAGAUGUCUAAAGGAAUCUAAUUUUAGUGGAAACAUUCUUCAACUUUCCCAGGACAAGUUUGCCAGCCAUGUGGUGGAGACCGCGCUGGAGACGGCCAGUUCAACCUACAUGCAGCGUCUCUGCACCGAGAUCUUUGAGGACUACAACACGAAUCCGAAAGGACAAACUGCCCUCGAGGUCAUGAUGCUGGACCAAUUCGGCAACUACGUGGCCCAGAAACUCCUGGAAUACGUGAUCAAGGUGAGCCAGGGAAAGGUGGCCGGCAAAUCGAGCUGGAUGACCGAGUUCGCCGAGACCGUUAUCAAGCUGCGCCCACGCCUCGAGAAUUAUUCCAGUGGAAAGAAGAUUUUGGAGAGGAUUGGCCACUUCAAACCAGACUACAUGAGGAAGCUCCAAGGAUCAGAUCAUUACAAUGUCCCGCAUUACCGAGUCAUCAGUGACUACAGCCGUUAA